AUGAGGUUGAUGUAUGAAAAGUUUCUUUUCAAGAUGAUUAUGUGUAUUUUCUCUUUUCUGUUUUCUCUUUCUUUCUUUCUUUCUUUCUUUCUUUCUUUCUUUCUCGUCUCGACCGUUUCCUUUAUUUAUUUUUCUUUCAUCCCCUUUCCUUUCCUUUUUUCCUUUCUUUUCUUUUCUCUUUUUACUUUUCCUGGUAUUUUUUCGUUCAUUCUUUCUUUUUUUUUCUUCUUUCCUUUUCAUUUCCUUUUUAAGUUUUUCUUUCUUUCUUUCUUUCUUUCUUUCUUUCUUUCUUUCUUUCUUUCGUUCGUUCGUUUGUUCGUUCUUUCUUUUGUUCUUUCUUUCUUUGUCUGUUUUAUUUGUUUUGUCCUUCUUUCUUUUCCCACCUUUACUAAUUUCUUCUUCCUUUUCACAUUGUCUUGUUUUUCUUUCCUUUUUUUUCUUGUCCUUUUCCUUUAUUUUUCUUUCCUUUCCAUUUUCUUUCCUUUUUCCUUUCUUUUCACGUUUUCUACUAUCUUUUUCUUUCACUAUUUCUUUCUUUUUCUUUUUUCUUUUCUUUUCUUUUUCUUUUUUCUUUACUUUUCUUUUUCUUUCAUUCUUUCUUUCUUUCUUCUUUUCUUUUUCUAUUCUUUUUUCAUUCUUUUUUUUCUUUUUCCUUCUUUUCUUUUAUCUCUCCUUUUUAAUUUUCUUUUCUCUUUCUUUUUUUCUUUCUUUCUUAUUCUGUUCCCUUUUUUGUCUUUCUUUCUUUUUUCAUUCUUUCUUUCUUUUUCUUCGUACCUUUUCCUUUAUUUAUUAUUUUUCUUUUCUUUUCACUUUUUUUCCAUUUUCCUUUCUUUUCUUUUCACUUUUUACUUUUUCAUCUAUCUUUUUCUUUUAUUCUUUCUUUUUUUUUUUUGUAAUGGGAAAAAAGCAGACCAAUCGAUCAAUAUUCUUCCUCUCUUUCUUCCUUUCUUUUUCUCUUUCUUUCUUUUCCUCCCUUUCUUUCUUUUUCCCUUUUUUCUUCUUCCCUUUCUUCCUUUCUUUUUCUCUUUCUUUCUUUUUCUCUUUCUUCCUUUCUUUCUUUUUCUCUGUCCUCCCUUUUUCUUCUUGUCUUUCUUCCUUUCUUUUUCUCUUCCUUCCUUUCUUUCUUCUCUUUCUUCCUUUUUCUUUUUCUCUUCCUUCCUUUCUUUCUUCUCUUUCUUCCUUUUUCUUUUUCUCUUUCUUCUUUUCUUUUUCUCUUUCUUCCUUUUUCUUCUUCUCUUUCUUCCUUUUUCUUCUUCUCUUUCUUCCUUUCUUUUUCUCUUUCUUCUUUUCUUUCUCUUUCUUCCUUUCUUUCUUCUUCCCCGUCUUCUCUUGAUCUUUCAAAAGCUUCCAUUUCCUGCCGAAACUUUCAAUCUAUUUCCGUUUUCAUGUCUAUCUCUGUUGUCUUACCUCACUCUUGCGGCCUUGUGUCAGACUAAGUUUAGUAGUGUCUGUGCGUCUUCUUUGGAGCGAUUUUAUUUACCGAAUCCCUCCGAAAUGGCAAGUUUGACACAAGGUCACAAUGAAUAA